CAAACAUUUGCCAACAAAAUGUGAUAAUAAUUGUGUAAAUAGUGUUCAAUUGUGUUUGUCUUGUAUUUAUACAUAAGAUGUCAGUCAAUGAUAACACUGAAGAUAAUGACAACAAUCACUUGGCUUUGAGUCACCCAUUGAUUGGCAGUCAAGUGAACCAAAUAGAGGAAGUGAAUGAUCUGAAGAAUCGCUUGUCUUUCAAUGACUUCUUCUACACAUUGGUGGCCAAAGUGUCCAACAAUCCAGACAAGUGCAACGUCUGGAACUAUGUCUUGUUGGACAUGAUCGAGAAUAAUGUGAUAAACGAGUCGAUGCUGUCGGAUGUGCUGAGGAUGACCACCGAUGCGACCCGAAGCGAGUCGGUGGCGAACCGUGAGUUCAGUUGUCAUAUGGUGUCCAAACUGAGUCGACGUCUUAAUGAACGCGUUUUUAUGGACCGAAUCCUACCGUUAGUGCAAUACCUGUGCCAAGACUUGCAGCCCUCCAUCAGAGCCCAUAUCUCCAGACAAAUGUUUGUUUUGUCGCAAAACUUUAGUUUGCAGAUAAUUAAGACACAAAUUCUGCCCAAACUCAUGGAUAUGACGAACGACAGCGAACUCAUCGUCAGAAUCGCGUCCCUGGAGUCGCUCAUUGAUUUGAUCCCCAAAUUUGACGACGAGUUUAAUAAACAGAUAAUUUUACCGCAAAUUAUCUCAAUCUUUGAUUUCGCUCUCGUGGAGAACGACUGUUCCCUGAGCUUGAUUUUCAUGAAUUUCGCAAAAUUGUGUCAAACUUUGCCAAAGAAUGUGAUUUCGCGUGAGAAAUGGUUUCUCGACUAUUACUGCAAUAUCUUCUUAAUUUCCAAUGACUUCCAAAUGGAGCCAAAAGUUUCAAACUUUGAACGAGACUUUACCGAACGAGACGCUCAAUGUCGGGCCCUUUUAGCCCUCUAUUUCCCCAUUUUGCUGCAAAUCUAUGGUUCAAACGAUACGCUCUUUUCUAUUCUCAACUUUCUUUGCUGUGAUCUCGACAUCAGUGUUGUCAGAGCCAUAAGCUCUGUGUUCAAUGAGAUCUGUAUUCUUAUGAAGAAUCCGUUCAUACUAUACCCACAGUUAUCCAAACUAAUGAGUCAACGAAAUAUUAUUGUGAUUAAAGCCUUGUCCCCUUCAUUGGCUACAAUUCUCAUCAAUACAAUCAAAUCGACGCCAAUCGACAAAAAGAAUGAGUUAUUUGUCGAUUUAAUACAAAACUUAAUUGGAUGUGAAAAUACGAUUUGUCUUAACCUCGACUGGAGAUUACAGAUUAAAUUCUACGAAAAUCUGAUCCAAGUUUUGGUACACUUUCCCGUCAAUAUCAUUCAAACAGUAUUCUUGCCAUUACUUCUCAAUAGGAUUCUCACAUCUAGACCCAUUCCUUCCCGAAUCGAGACGUCUAGAUGUUUGCUAAUCUUAUUUCUUAAUCUACCGGUUCUAUCAGAAGUAUUUAAUAUUUACCAGUGGUUUGUCACCACUUUAUGUUGUGGUCAAAGUUGGUCUCAAAGAAUGCUAUUUAUAAACGUCUGCUAUAUUAUCAUUGAAUUAUGUGAUGAAAAUAUAUUUAUUUCCUAUUUUUUGGAG